CAAGUGAAUUGCGUUAUGCCAACUUCCAAAUAAAUCAAAAAGUAGCCAGCUCCAUGGGUCGAACACAGAUUGAAAUAGGAGACAGAAUUCAGUUAAGUUCAGAAGUCAUGUUACUUAUUUCCCAUUCUUCUUUCCAAACAAUUACCUGAAAGGAUCUCCAGCACAUGCAGUAGAAUUUGUAUAAAAUUCAGUUCUGAGAUGCUAUCGGGGGAUGAUCAGAAUAAUGCCGAAAUUGAUUUCUUUAAUAAGUACUCUGUCUGUCCGCUCCACAUGAUAUAGUGCGCAUUGGUUUUCGCAAAAGCCAAACUUCACAAACUUUGACCAAGUUUAUAGAAACAAUUAUCUACAUCUGUAAUAUCAAAUAUAUACCAUAUGUAAAUAUAAUUCAUGAUUAAUAUAAUUAUAUGAUUUGAUAUUCUAGAUGUUGAUAAAUUUUCCUAUAAACUUGGUCAAAGUUCACUAAGUUUGACCUUAAAAACAUCUAACAUGCACUAGGCACUAUAUUCACUGAUGGGAUGGAGGGAGUACACUUGUAAGCUGGAACUUAUCUAUGUGCAGACAAGCUUGUUAGGAACAAAGAGAAGGGGGGAAUGCAGGAUCAACUGGUUGAAUCUUGGAAUGAAUGACUCGUUGUAGAAAGAAGAUGUUUUCUCCUUCUCAUCGUAUUUUAAGGUUUGCGGCGGCUGGGAUCUUUUUUGAACUUUGUGAGUCACUUGUAAUUACGGCAAUCAAGAGACGGGAAAGUUAUAUUUCUAGUCAGCUGUGAGCCUGUGAUUACGUCAAUUAAGAUUGUUUUUUGCCCUGCAAAAUGAGUUAUUUUCAUUUUUUGUUGUCGUGUCAGUAAACUACCUUGUUAUUUUUCUGAAUACUGUUUAAACUUUAAUACAUGUCUUGUGUACAUCCAUGCUUCUGUAGGACUCAGUGUCAGAACUUACCUUCUAAUCUUCUCUCAAAGGAACUUUUAGACUCGAGGUGAAAAGGUUGAGUCGAUUCCAUAAAAUGUUGUGUUGCCUCAAGAUUUCUUAAGAAUUGUGUACCUAUGCAUGUGUGAAUUCACUACUUAGCUCAUCAGCGCCCACAAGUCACAAAUGUGCUUAAUAGUAUGAUUUUGCUUUUUUUUGUCUUAAAAUCGCUCUGUUUGGAUUUCAAUAUUGGGUUUAUAAGCAAACCCACCAAAUAUACUCUGUAGUAGCUACACAAACUGCAUGUGUUUCCUCCGGGUUCAUUUUCGUCUUCAGUGAAACCUUUCUAGAAGGUAUCUUGCAGGAAUUUAUUUAUGAAGCUCCUUGUAUUUCUGUUUGUGAUGCAUGUAGCAGCCAGCCUGCCAGAGUUGCAAGGUAAUAAACUAAAAAGGUUGCAAGUUAAAUGCAUUCCACAAUAGAUUUUUGUAACACUACUGUUAGUUAAAUGCAUUCCACAAUUGGGUGGUACUGGAUUGUAGUGUCACAAAUAACUUUUGUCUACAACUAUUGUUAUCAGCUUCCUCGUCGGUCCCAGCGGCCAUGUCUCCGCCACCGCCGCCGGCGCCCCUACCGCAAACCCUAGCAGACCUCGCGACCAAACAGCACGAGGAUCAUGAGGCCGUGGUCGCCACUUUGAACAGCCUCUCGGAGGAGAACCACACUGCUCGGACAGAGCGCGCCGAGGACCGCGCCACCCUCCAGUCCAUCGCCGCGACACUCAAAACCCUCCAGGACCAGCUGGCGGACACGUCACAGCAGCAGCGCGCGCAGAACCUGGCCCUCCUUCGGCUGGAAGGCAAGGGCACGCCUCAAUUGGGUGGUACCGGGCUCCUGCGGCCCCCAGAUGCGCCCUCCCACACCGGGGCCCCGGCCGAUCCAGGGGAUAGGGCUCCGCGCCUCUACAAGAUUGAUUUUCCCCUCUUUGACGGGGCCAGCGAUCCAAGGGCGUGGCUGACACGUUGCAAUCUCUUCUUCCUCGGGCAACGAACGCCGGAGUCGGAUAAGACUUGGCUCGCCUCAUACCACCUCACCGAUGUCGCCGCAUUAUGGUAUGGCCACCUCGAGACUAAGCUGGGCCAGCGGCCGUCCUGGAACGAGUUUCAAAAACUGAUCGCCAACCACUUCGGACCACCGACCCGCGCCAACCCCUUUGGCGAGCUGAUCUCCACCCGCCGCUCCGGCACCGUGGCAGAAUACUCCAGGCGCUUUCUAGAGAAUCUCUCUCGGGUGCGCCCCAUUGCUGAUGACGAUGAGCGGGAUAUCUUCACCAACAACUUGGGCGAGCCUAUGAAAACUCAGGUCGAGAUGCUGAAACCGGCGACUUUGGACGCAGCUAUGGACUUAGCAAUCUCCUUUGAGCACCUCAAUACUGUCACCAGCACCGCGACCACUCCGGGCCGGCCCAGCCGUCCACUCCGCCCCAUGGCUGCACCUACUCCGGCCUUGCCUGACUCCUCCAACCCCACGCCCGCGCUCGUCUUUAAACGACUCACGCCCGCCGAGAUGGAUGAACGGCGCGCUAAGGGUCUCUGCUUCAAUUGUGACGAGAAGUUCGCGCGGGGCCAUCGCUGCAAACGACUGUUCUAUAUUCAAUCCGCCGACGCCGAAGAGGAGCAGUUUGAGGAUUUCCAGGAAGCACAAAUCUCACUCUUGGCUGUUACCGGAAUUCCCACCAGCGACACAAUGCAGGUCACUCUUCGCAUCGGGGACCGUGACUUGGUCGCCUUGCUUGAUUCAGGCAGCACUCAUAACUUCAUCCACGAAGAGUUGGCCACCAUCGUCGGGCUGCCUUUCUCCUCCAAUCGUCGUUUGGGAGUCACGGUCGCUAAUGGCGAUAAGGUGACCUGUCGGGGACUCCUUCAGCAGGCUGCAAUCACCAUUGACAAGGAGCGUUUUGUUGUUGAUCUGCAUGCCAUUCCAUUGGGCGGGUUCGACAUCAUCCUCGGUACACGAUUCCUCAAAACUCUUGGGCCAAUUCUCUGGGAUUUCACUACGCAGUGGAUGUCGUUUUGGCACUCGGAUCACCGUGUGGAGUGGUCGGGCCUCGGCUCCCUCGGACGUCCUGCCCACCUACACGCGUGCGAAGGCAAGGAACUUCUGGACAGCCUGUUGGCCACUUUCACCGAUGUUUUCGCCGACCCACAGGGCCUGCCGCCGCAGCGCGCACAUGAACAUCAUAUUCAUCUUAUUCCCGGGACACCGCCGGUUGCUGUCCGUCCCUACCGCUACCCAACGAUUCAAAAAGAUGAACUAGAGCGCCAAUGUUCAGAGAUGCUGGCUCGCGGUCUGAUCCGUCCUAGUUCUUCUGCAUUUUCAUCCCCCGUUCUACUCGUCAGAAAGGCCGACGGGACUUGGCGUUUCUGUAUCGACUACCGUGGUCUCAACCUUGUCACCAUCAAGGACAAGUUUCCAAUUCCUGUUGUCGAUGAACUUCUGGAUGAACUCAAGGGCGCCCGCUUUUUCACCAAACUGGAUCUCCGGUCGGGUUACCACCAGGUUCGGAUGACCCCUGAGGAUAUCCACAAGACGGCCUUCCGCACACAUGAGGGCCUCUUUGAGUUUGUAGUGAUGGCCUUUGGUUUGACAAAUGCCCCAGCGACGUUCCAAGCACUCAUGAACGACGUCCUCCGUCCCUACCUUCGUCGGUUUGUGCUUGUGUUCUUCGAUGAUAUCUUGAUCUACAGCUCGUCCUGGUCGGAUCACCUACGUCAUGUCAAGCUCGUUUUGGAGGCAAUGCGCACACAUCAACUGUUUCUCAAGCGCUCCAAGUGUUCCUUUGGGGAGGAAACCAUGGCUUAUCUGGGACACAUCAUCUCCGCUGCAGGAGUUACCAUGGACAGCGACAAGGUUCUUGCCGUGGUAGACUGGCCGGUUCCGCGCACCGUCCGCGCUGUGCGUGGUUUCUUAGGACUGGCAGGAUACUACCGCAAGUUCAUCCGGGAUUUUGGCACCAUUGCAGCUCCCCUACGGCACUCCUCAAGAAAGACGGAUUUCUUUGGACGCCUGCAGCGACUAUUGCCUUUGAAGCCCUCAAGAAAGCUCUUACCACAGCCCCUGUGCUUCAGCUGCCGGAUUUUGCUGUUUCAUUCAUUGUGGAGUGUGAUGCAUCUGGAUCUGGUUUCGGGGCAGUCCUCCAUCAAGGUGGCGGCCCCAUUGCCUAUUUCAGCAAAACCAUCGCUUCGCGUCAUGCUUCUCUCGCCGCUUAUGAGCGGGAGCUCAUUGGUCUGGUGCAUGCCGUGCGCCACUGGCGGCCCUAUCUUUGGGGACGGGCGUUCAUCGUCAAAACUGACCACUACAGCCUAAAGUUUUUGCUGGACCAACGCCUCGCUACCAUUCCACAGCAUCAUUGGGUGGGCAAACUGUUGGGGUUCGACUUCACGGUGGAAUAUAAACCGGGUCGCCAAAACAUCGUCGCCGAUGCUCUUUCUCGCCGUGAUGCUCCUGCCGGCCAGGCACUCGCCAUAUCCGGGCCUUCUUUUGAUCUGUUUGAAGCUCUCCGUCAGGCUGCACACACGGACCCGGCGCUUGUCACUUUCCGGGAACAACUAGAAUCUGGUGAGUUAGGACAGCCUUGGGCUCUUGUUGAUGGUGUUGUUACCUUCCAACAGCGGGCUUAUGUGCCACCCGCGUCGCCGCUGCUCGGGGAGGUCCUGGCUGCAGCCCAUGAUGCGGGCCAUGAAGGUAUCCAGAAGUCACUUCAUCGUCUUCGCCGGGAUUUCCAUCUGCCGCAAGCAAGGGCCGCACUUCAGCAGAAUAUUCGUGCUUGUCAGGUUUGUCAACGCAACAAGACGGAGCAGCUUCAUCCAGCCGGCUUAUUGCAGCCCUUGACAGUGCCCUCUCGUGUCUGGGAAGACAUCUCCAUGGAUUUCAUUGAGGCACUUCCGAAGGUGGGCGGCAAAAGUGUGAUACUGACCGUUGUGGACCGUUUCUCCAAGUAUGCGCAUUUCAUCCCCUUGGCGCAUCCGUACACUGCGGAGUCUGUUGCUAAAGCCUUCUUCUCCAACAUUGUCCGACUUCAUGGGUUUCCCACAUCCAUCGUUUCGGACAGGGAUGUGGUUUUCACUUCGGGCUUUUGGAAGGCUCUAUUUGUCGCCGCGGGGACACGCUUGCACAUGAGUUCGGCCUUCCAUCCGCAGUCUGAUAGGCAAUCUGAGGCCAUCAAUCGCGUCAUCACCAUGUACCUCCGUUGCAUAACUGGGGAUCGCCCACGGCAGUGGCUCCAAUGGUUGCCUUGGGCGGAGUACUGCUACAACACUUCGUACCACUCAGCGUUGAAGGACACGCCUUUCAGGGUGGUUUAUGGACGGGAUCCCCCCUCAUUCCGGGACUAUACACCGGGCGAGAUUCGCAAUCAGGCGGUGGAACGGCAGAUCGUCGACCGCAAUCAGUUCUUACACGACAUCCGUGAGCGUCUCCUUCAGGCAGCACAACAGUACAAGCAUUACUAUGAUGAUAAGCAUCGGGCCCUUUCUUUUGAUGUUGGAGAGUGGGUUUGGCUCCGUCUUCAGCACCGGCCAGCGGCAUUCCUUGGAGUAGGCGCCAAAGGGAAAUUGGCUCCCAAAUAUUAUGGGCCUUUCAAAGUCCUCGCUAAAAUCGAUACGGUUGCUUACCGUUUGGAGCUGCCCCCACGCGCCCGCAUUCACAAUGUUUUCCAUGUCGGGGUCCUGAAGAAGUACCAUGGCCCACCGCCGGAAGUUCC